CUGAACUCUCCAAUCGUUCAAAUCUUCCUCCGCCCUUUUUCCCGGCCUUUCAUCUUCAUUGACGACCCGCGCGAGACGGAGGAUAUCCUCCUCCGUCGAACACGAGAAUUUGACAGGGCACCCUCAACUAUCGCCUUCUUUAAGCCGCUCGUUCCAGAGGCCAGUAUGGUCAAGCUUACGACACCCGCUUUCAGAGAGCAAAGAAGACUAUGGCAGGAUGUCAUGUCACCGCAGUUCCUGAGAAAGGUCGUGGCCCCAAACGUGCAUCGGUGCGCCUCGGAAUUGGUCGAGCUUUGGAGCCGGAAAUGCCAGCUGGCUACUGAGCGUCCCUUUGAGGCCUUGGAUGACUUGGAGCUGGCGGCCUUUGACUCCAUAUGGAUCGCUAUGCUUGGCACUCGUUUGACCGGGCUUCGGGACGAGAUGAAUGCCCUCAUCGAUGAGAGUGUCAACGCAGUUACGGACAAAGAUCAGUCAGUGCACUUCUCAAAAGCUCCUCGAUCGAUCAUGUUUCAUGCGAUUGCAUACGUUAAUGGUACCAUCGAGCGUAUUAUGCGCUCUCCUUUUCCCGCCAAGCAUCAUUGGUGGAUUCGGCAAUCGAAACGAUACAGGUACUACAGCAACUUCAAAGACAAGGAGAUUGAUGGCUUGAUUACGAAUGCCAGGCUUCGCUUUGAGAAGCUCACCACCGAAGGCGACAUCAUAAUUAAAGAUGAGGGCGACACAUGCGCCAUGGAUCUGGUGCUUCGCCGCGAAGCCAUUGCUUUUGCAAAAACAGGACAGCGUUCGCCAGCUUCCACCGACACCGCGAUGCGUGAUGAACUGGGAAUGCUUCUCGUUGCGGGUCAUGAAACUACCGCUAUAACUCUCGGAUGGGGUCUGAAGACUCUCGCUGAUAACCAGGUAGAGCAGUCGAAGUUGCGCCAAACUCUGAAAAACGUCUUCAUGGGCCUUCCCAAUCACACAUCUCCUUCAGCGCUUGAGAUCCUGUCUAGUUCCAUUCCCUAUCUAGACGGGGCUCUAGAGGAGAUUUUGCGCUUUGCCAACACCGUACCUCUUCUAGCACGAUCUGCUACAGUUGAUACGACUAUUCUAGGUUACCAUGUACCAAAGGGAUCUCACAUCAUGUGUAACGCCCAGUUCAUGAACGAGCCGUUAGGUGUACUCGAUGAAUCUCGCAGUGAAAGCAGCCAGACAGCCUGGGAGCGUCGCAAAGGGGGUGACUUCUCCAUGCAGAACAUCUCAAAGUUCAUGCCUGAGCGAUGGAUCAAGAAGACCGAGGAAGGAAUUGAGGAAUUUGACGCUGGAGCCUUGACAAGACUGCAAUUCUCUCUUGGGGUCAGGGGCUGCUUUGGGCGCAAGCUUGCGAUGCAGCAGUUGAGAAUCUUUCUCGUUCUCUUGGUGUGGAACUUCGAGUUCCUUCCUGUCCCUGAUGAUUUGAACAGCCGAUGGGGUCAUCAGAAGAUCCUCCGCCCCCCUCAACAAUGUUAUGUCAGGCUGCGCAAGGUCUGA